CUCUAGUUAGUAAGAAUCCACGGAAUGCAUGAUUGAACCUUAGCAUCAAAUUUGGCAACUCUGCUUUGUGGCUCCAAUUUAGAAUCUUAUUUCACUUUCGUGCAGGCCGACGACGACUGUUCUAUUUCUUCAAUUUCCUAAUUUCGUUUAUCAGAAAUUUGACAGGAAAAUUCAACAUAAAGCCGAAUCAAAAUGCAGUUGUUUGUAAGAGCUCAACAACAGCACGUGGUGGACUGUGAAGAUAAUGAGACCAUCAGAUCACUCCGAGACAAAGUAGCAGAAUUGGAAGGGGUUAGCGAAGCGGACUUGCUCCUGUACGCCAACGGUUCUCCUUUGGAAGAUGAGAUCGUUUUAGGAUCCCUGUCCACUCAGAUGAUCGAGGCAAACGUAGCCUUGUUGGGAGGAAAGGUUCACGGAUCCUUGGCUCGAGCUGGAAAGGUGAAAGGUCAGACCCCAAAGGUUGAGAAACAAGAGAAGAAGAAGAAGAAGACUGGGCGAGCCAAGCGACGAUUCCAGUACAACCGAAGAUUUGUUAACAUUGUCCAAGGAUUCGGUCGCAAACGUGGACCCAAUGCUGCCCCCGUCUCUUAAUUAAUUCUUGUUACGACAACCUGACGAUGAAUAAAGUCAUCUUUAUUAAUUAAAACAGCAUGAA